AUGAAGGUGAUCACCGCCAAUUUCGUGACAUGCGCCGUGAAGGAAUGCAAGACGUCCCCGGCAUCAUUUCCCCUCCAUUUCCAUGAUGCCGAGCUGGAGCAGCAAGAAUUGGAAUUCCAGCCCGAAUUUAUCCGUAACGUGAUCCCCCGCAUUGACUGGGAAGCCCUCCGAGCGACUGCCAACGAGUUGGGAUUCCCAAGUCUUCCAGAUGCAAAGCCAGAGGGCGAGGCUCUCGAAAAUGAACAGACAAUGAGAGACCUGCACCGGAUGCUACUUGAGACACAUGUUUCCGAAGGAAAGUUGGUUUGUGGGAAUUGCAACCACGCCUAUAUGAUUAAAGAGGGGAUCGCCAACUUCCUCCUUCCAAGCCAUCUAGGUGAGAGUUAUUCCCUCGUAAGGUUCGCGCGAAAAGGGAGAUCGCUAAUGUCCUCCAGUCUGAGCAAAACCCCUACAUACUUCUGA